CUCCCCCUCCCUCUCCGUCCCCUCCACCUCGCCUCCCACCUCUGAAUUCCCCUCGUCUCUAAACAAAGCAAAGGCCCCCAGCUACCGACCACCGCCACCGCCACGGGGGAGAGAAGGCCGCACGAGAAAAACUAGAAAUCCCCGUCGCCCCGGCCCGGCCGACGACAUGAGCCGCACGUUCGCGCCCCGCUUAAAUUAGGCAGGGCCGCCGCCGCCCUCCCCCAUUUAGUUUUCCCGCGGGGGCCGGCCAGGUCGCUCGCCUAAUUCCAUCCCCACCGGCCGUCGUGCGCGACAUGUCCUCUCCCCGUCCCCGCCUCGCCCUCCGCUAGCUGCUGUUCCCUUUGCCCGCGAGCUGCCGCCGCCGUCGCCGGGGGAUCGAUCGGCCGUCGGUCCGGAGGAGGAGCGGAGCGCGCGUUCCUGGGGCCGGCCGGCGCGAGCUGGGAGGAGCGAGCAGGGGGGGCGCCUCCUGAGGCGGCGCGGCGGUGCAAGACCGCCGGGUCCCGCGCGCCCACGCCUUGCGCGCCAAGCUCGAGGCGGUGGGCUGGGUGAUGGUGCGCUUCCUCCGGCGCGGCCACAGCCUUGACAAGACCGGAUCGCACAGCUGCGACACCCACCACCAGGAGCACCUCCUCCGCAGGAGCGGCAGCAGCACCACCGACAUGCACGAGUCCGUUGGCAAUGGCGCCGGCGCCGGCGGCACGCCGCCGCUGCCCAACGGCCGCGCCGCGGCCGCGGGGGCGCGGUCCCGGCUCGCCCGCGACGGGCCGCCCUCAGAGCUGGACAUGAUGAAGGAGAAGUUCGCCAAGCUGCUUCUGGGCGAGGACAUGUCCGGCACUGGCAAGGGCGUGUCGUCCGCGCUCGCGCUGUCCAACGCCGUCACCAACCUGGCGGCGUCCGUCUUCGGCGAGCACCGCAAGCUGGAGCCCAUGGCGCCCGACACCAAGGAGCGCUGGAAGCGGGAGGUCGGCUGGCUACUCUCCGUCACCGACCACGUCGUCGAGUUCGUGCCCACGAGGCAGACCGCGGAGAACGGCACAACCAUGGAGAUCAUGUCGACGGCGCAGCGGCGCGACCUCGCGAUGAACAUCCCGGCGCUGAGGAAGCUGGACGCCAUGCUCAUCGGCUACAUGGAUAACUUCGUGGACCAGACCGAGUUCUGGUACGAGAAGGGCGGCGACAACAAGCGCGACGACGACAAGUGGUGGAUGCCGACGGUGAAGGUGCCGUCGGAGGGGCUGUCGGACGUGACCCGCAAGUGGCUGGAGUACCAGAAGGAGUGCGUGAACCAGGUGCUCAAGGCGGCCAUGGCCAUCAACGCGCAGGUGCUGGUGGAGAUGGAGAUCCCGGAGGUCUACAUCGAGUCGCUCCCAAAGAAAGGGAAGACGAGCCUUGGCGACGCCAUCUACCGGAGCAUCACCGAGGAGACGUUCGACCCGCUGGAGUUCCUGGCGGGCAUGGACCUGUCGACGGAGCACAAGGUGCUGGACCUCAAGAACCGCAUCGAGGCCUCCACCGUGAUCUGGAAGCGCAAGAUGCAGACCAAGGACUCCAAGUCGUCGUGGAGUUCCAUCGUGAGCUUCGAGAAGCGCGAGCAGUUCGAGGAGCGCGCCGAGACCAUCCUCCACCUCCUCAAGCUCCAGUUCCCCGGCACGCCGCAGUCGCAGCUGGACAUCUCCAAGAUCCAGUACAACAGGGACGUCGGGUACGCGCUCCUGGAGAGCUACUCGCGCGUGCUGGAGAGCCUGGCGUACAGCGUCAUGUCCCGCAUCGAGGACGUGCUGGCGGCGGACGCGGCGGCGCAGAACCUGACGGCGAGCGAGGCGGCGCGGCGGAUGAUGGAGUCGGCGGCGGAGGCGCCCGCGGCGCGGAAGCUGGACGCCAAGGAGGAGCUGGAGAAGCUCAACGAGGCGCCCGCCUCCAUGACGCUCUUCGACUUCAUGGGCUGGCACUUCGACCAGGACGAGCUCAUGAAGCGCAGGGAGGACGGCACCCUCGACCCCGACGCCGAGGCCAAGCUCCUCAAGAAGGCGCCCAGCAUGGCCCCCGCCAAGAAGUUCUCCUACGUCGACAGCCUCUCCUCCGGCGGCAUGAGGAGCCCCUCCUCGCGCCACUGACUGACCGGGCCGGCCGGAGAAGAAGAUGAUGCAUGGCGGCGGCGGAUCAUAUGAUUCUUGCACGCGUGUACAUAGCUGAGGCGCAGCACGCCGUACGCGCCUACUAGUGAUGUUCUCUUGGGCAUCUUCUCUACUGAUUCGUUUCUUGUCCUUUGCCUCCGCGUUCUAGAAGAUUCUAGAUGAGGGGAGGAAGAAGGUGAGUGAGCAUUUUGGUCUGCGUACACAUUCAGAGGAUUGCUGCUAGCUGCGCGUAGCUACUGAUUGUUUUCUCUCAACUACUAGUAUGUACUACUACUGUACUUUGUACAUGGCUCUCCAGAGCGGUUCUCCAGAAGAGGAGACGAUUGGGCUCCGGGGAACUUGCAGUCAGGAAAAACACAAUGUAUUCUUUGAUUUGUUUCAAGCUAAUCAUUUUUUCUGGACUCU